UGAGGAGGCAGGCCAAGAGCACCUCAGACAUCCCCCGGCUGCCGGGGGAGGGAGGGAGCGAGGCUUCAGCCUCCAGCAUCCGGUACCUGACAAAGGUCUCAGGGUGUUGUGGCGAGAAGCUCUCGCCACGUCCUCUCCUCUGAGCAAGGCAAAGAGCCGCCACCACUUCGUGCCAUGUGGAGAGGACGGGUGCUGGGUGCCUGGGUGCUCUUCACCAGCCUGGCUGUGGCCAGUUGGGGUGUCCGAGGGCAAAAAGUAAUCGUGAAUGAAGCCAGCGGGAGGGUGUUCCUUCAAUGCGAAACAGAUAGCCAAGAUCCAAUCAUAUGGCUGAAAGGUGCAGAGAUGGUGGGAAACGUGACACAGUUGGAUUUGGGUGCAAUUUAUGAUGAUCCCAGAGGCAUAUAUACAUGCAGACCACAAAGCGGGAAGAGCAGCCCCCCUCUCCAGGUGCACUAUCGCAUGUGCCAGAACUGCAUUGAAGUUGACGUUCCCACCAUCGCUGGCAUUGUCAUCGCCGAUGUUGUCGCCACCGUCUUCCUGGCAGUCGCCGUGUAUUGCAUCACCGGCCAGGACAAGGGCCGGCUGUCGCGAGCUUCUGACAGGCAGAACCUGAUUGCCAACGAGCAGCUCUACCAGCCCCUCGGCGAGCGGGACAACGCAGCGUACAGCCGGCUGGCACCUACCAAGGCCCGCAAGUGAUGUGGGAAGAUUCUGGGACCAAUGACUCUGUGUACUGGGAACGGUAUCACAGCAAAGCCACCGCCAGAGCCCAAGAACACUCUUGCCCUGCCCUGGCAGAAGACAGCCCGGGGUUUUUGCCUCAAGAGCCUUGCAGCUCCGUGCUGGGCUGGGCUGCUUGUAGCACUCUGCUCUUUCCAUCACCUCUUGCACUUGUGUACCCCAUUAAAGAUGAGCCUAUCCCAUAGCCCCCCUGCUCCGUUGUGGUGGUGUAAAGUACGCACAAAAAGAGUUAACACUCAAUAAAAACUGGCCAUGAAUCUGUGUCCCAUCUGACCCAGCACAGGCAAAGCGGUGGGUGCACCCCACGUGUCCUUAAAGGAACUGGUGUGUGAUCAGCCUGGCGAGCAGUGAAAGAGGAAAGGACCCAUUUCCCUGUGGUGUCGGCUCUUUAUGUGACAAUAUUUUGCUGUUCACAGGAGCAGAAUAAUGUCUUCGGGGUUCUUCUGCUCUAUCCUGCACCAAUGAAAGGGUGAGCCUGGUAUGGCCAUUGCGGGUAGAAUAUGCCCAUACCCACCUUUGGUCUACAAAGCCAUCUGGGGAGGAUCUUAUAGAACAGGGGAGCAGCUGUGACCUGGUUCGUCGCUUUCAUCAGCAUCAGGUCUCCAGGCAAUGAGCAGAGGUGGCUAACCACACCCAACAAGCAGGAGAAAUCCUCUGCGCAAAUCAACGACACAGCGGGAGCAACGUUUACAACUGUCUGUGUCUGAUUGUGAGAGGCUCCUCAGCACCUCACUCAUGGGAGGACAAAGUAUUCGCUAGU